AUGCUGCUAGCCCUGAAAGCUUACUCACUCAUCAAGCUGGAGUAUUUGGCAGAUGGUCUGCAGAUCCUGGAGGACAUUGUCAAGGAGGGACCAGAGAGCGACCGGGUGCUGUCGAUCAUGGCAUACGCAUAUAAAGACGCAGACAGUGCGGGCGACUUCACCAAGCAGCAAGCCACUGCCCUGCAGCUCAUCAAGCUGAGCCCUGAUGCUGUGAACUACCUCUGGUGGGCAGCUGUGUCAGCAGCCAUGCAGGCCAGAGCCUCGAUACAGGGCCAGGCAUCAGCGCUGCCCACUGCAAGUCUGCUCACCCUGGCAGGGCGGCUCAUGGACCGAGCCCUAGACAGGACCCCACCGAGUGCCUUUACCUUUGAGAUGCUGCUGGUGGUGCUUGAUGUGCUGCUGGCCUCUGGACAGCAUGCCCGGGCGGCGGCGCUGCUGGAGGGCUCCCGGGCGCGCAAGGCAUGCACCUCCCCGACUGACCUCUCCUUCCUCUGCGCCGCCGUGGCUGCUGGUGCCAGGGAGCAAGAGGCGGCGGCCCGGCGCUGCCGCGAAGUGCUCGCUGUCUCCCCUCAUGACUGGGCGGCGGCGCGCCUCUGCCUCGACUGCCUGCUGGCCCAGGGAUGGAGCGGCAGAACCCUGCGCUGCCGGUGGCCUGUGUGGGUGGUGGGUGGCCUGACGGACACGAUGCUGGAGCGGGAGCAUGGCAGCCAGGAGGAUCAAACGGCGCCUGAGCCCCUGGGCGAGGUGCAGAGGCGGGUACUGGCGGACUGGUCGGACGAGUGGGGCUCCAAUCUCCCGCCUCCUGAUUGUAGCGGGAACAAGAGGACUCAGGAAGCAGGACUCCAGGCGCUCAGCAACGGCUACCAGGUGGAGUUUGAGCUGGGCCUACCAAGGCACACAAGCGGGGACCAAGCUCGAGGCGCUGCUGCUGCUCUCUUGACCACAUACGCCGCAGCUCUGCCCCUUUCAGCUGGGCUGGACGCCAAGCAAAGGGGUCACGGUGAGGACCUGGUCACCCUCGCAGUGACGCGCCUGCUCCAGGGUCAUGCGCUGGACCUGCAUGGCCUGCUGCCGAGCGCCCUCUUCGUGUUGGAGGCGGCGCAGGCGACACGCACCUCAUCGGCACCCCUCCGGCUCCACGCUGCCGCGUUGUAUGCCCUGCUUGGGUGCCCCAGGGCAGCUGCCAUGCAGCUGGAGGCUCUGGGCGUGAAGCAGAUUUUGCAUGACAGCAUGACUGCGCACUGGCUCCUGCCUGCCCUGCUCGACUCGGGAGCCACUGCAGCAGCUGGAGAGGCGCUGGACACGUGGGUCGCCGAGUUUGUGAGUUUCAAAGAGAGGCUUGCAGCCUCCCAUGCCCUCCAUGUGGUGCGGGCAGAGGAAGCUAUCCGGAAGCUGAGGCUCCUGGCCUCCUCCCCUGUAUCACCCCACACCCUCAUCAAGGCGGCACGACAUCUCGAGGAGCAGGCACCUCCCCUGCCGACACGCAUCAGCUUCAACGAGGACCUGGGCACACGGCCAGCCUGGUUCCCGCCCGGUGCGACCUCCGCCUCCGAACUUGGGCCGGCACUGGCUUUGCGGCCCUGUGGGCUGUGGUGGCGAGCGCCAUCGGCUGCCUCCAGGGCCACCUGUGCCGAGGCUCAGGCCUGGCGGAGCGCCCAGAGGGCCAAGCUAGAGUGGCGACGGGGCCUGCCACGCAUGCUGGCGGCUGCUCUGGAUGGAGCAGGCCCAGAUGCAGGCUCAGAGGAUGCAGAGGGCGACAGCGGUCUGCCUGCGGACCCAGCCGGAAUUGGGGAUGGCGAAUACGCCCACGGCAUCUGGGAGGUGCUGAUGCCCGCUGCCAGAGCCUGCUGGGCAGCCCUGCGCUGCGAAGCGGGCACUGAGGCUCCCAAGUGCGCGGCGGCUCCACCGGCCUGUGCUGCACUGAGCGCCGUGAUCUCCUGGCUCCAGGUGCGAUUCAGUGCCUGGUCUGACCGCCUGGAGGUCGCGCAGCAGGGUCUUGUCAAUGACCCGCUCCUGCACCUAUCUCUGGCGAUCUCUGGCGGUCACGCCCGGUUUGUGGCGGAGGAGGCCCUCUGGGCAGCCCACGCCCUCAAGGCGUGGCUAGCUGCGGCGGGCGGAGCACAAGGGGCGAGCGAUGGGAACUUAGACAUGUGUGCCGACAUCCAGCGUGCCCUCUCCUGCCUACGUGAGGGUUUGGGGUCCCUGAGGGAGGUGCUGGAGGCGUUGAGCCUGGCUGCAGCCCAGCUGCCGGAUGCCUAUGAUCUGGCGGGGGCAGAUGCCAAGCUCUGGGGCUUUGCACCAGGGUAUGAUGCUCGGCUGGUGCAUGACACUACGGCGUGCGUCGGGACGAGACGACUUUGGGUGACGGAGGAGGCCCACAACCGCGCUUUUGCCUUCAGCGACCCCUUCAUCAUGCGUGUGCGGGAGGGCGAGACCGUGGGCGAGCUGCGGCGCCGCGUGCAGGUCGCGCUGGGGGUCGGCGAUGAGGAGUUUGCGGGCUGGCGCGCGCUGCUGUGCCCGCCGCUGUCGGCCCCGGAGCCGCUGGAGGACGAGGAGGGGGUGACCGCGCGCCUGGCGCGCGCAGACCUGGAGCGCCUGUACGGCCACCACGACCGCGCCUGCAUCGGGUGGGAGCACGAGAACCGGAACCCGCGCAAGACGCACGCACACCUCAACCGCAACGCGGCCUGGUACGGGCAGGAGCGCCAGCUCAAGAUCAAGGCCUGA